GUUUGAUUCACUUUAGCAAGUAGCAUUAUGUAGACAGAUUGUAUAAAUUAUGUACAUAGAAGAUUAUCUCCCUUCAGUCUCCUCUCCCGAGUCCCAACGGUCUUCUCUCUCUCCUCUCCCAAGAUUUAAAUUUAUUCUCUCUCUCUCUCCCUCUACAUGGCCAAGCCGCGUAAUUCUCCAUCAUCCUCCUCCGACCGCCGCCAAUGGGAGAGAAUCUUCAACGCCCUGGUCGAGUUGAUGAAAUCUCAGCAGUCCCAGAUCGAAACCCUAGUCGACGACCGCAAGUUCCUCGAGCAGUACAUCCAUCUCCAGCACGAUCACUUCUCUUCGAGAGCCCGCUUCCUCGAGUCCCACAUCGCUCAGUUGAAGAAAGAGGAGGCGAAAGGCCGCAAGAUUCAGACAGCGAAGGUCGACCUGAUGGUGGAAGCGAAGCAGAGGGAUGUGCUUUGGUAUAAGAAGCAAUAUGAACUUGCUGAGUCUGAUUUGGAGGAUUUUCGUGUUUGUGUGGAAGAUUUGAGUUCUCAGAUCUCAGAGUUAAAGGAGAAACUAAUAACCGGAGAAGCUGGUAAAAGUAGAAAAGGAGUCGGAGACUCGAGCCAUGGGGACAAUUCAAAAGAAGAAGAAUGGUGUAUGGAAGCUUUAAAGGGAGAUUUAAGAAAGUUGAAGCAUUCCUAUAAAAAACUCAGUUCGAAGAAGGAGGCUGAGGUUUCUUCCUUGUUAGCAGAGAAGGAUUUCGUGUGGAAUCAGUUAAAGAAAAUGGAGAAUGACUACAUUACUGCUCUCAAGAGUAGGAAAAUUGAACUUGAGCAUGCUAAUGAAGCUGUAGAGAAGCUUCAAAAUAAUUUGCAGAACUUGCAGAAGUCAGCCGAUGAGAAGGAUCAAAUGAUAGCUGAACUACACUCGUUGGCAAAGGAGAAGGAUGACACAAUUGCUAAAUUAAGAGAUGAUUUGUCCAAGCUCGCAAAAUGCACUAUUGGGAAAUCCAGACUUUCUAAGGAAAACUCAGAAAGUGCUUCACAGACACCAUCCGAGAGUAAUCCAAGAAAGAGUUCAAGGAAACGUAAAUCAGAAAGUACAGAACAAGGCACAACUCAGAAGCAUAAACGCCGUCUAUCUGAUGAUUCUCCUGUAACAGGAGCAUCUGCUCCAGUCCAUGCGCUUGUGCGGUGUUCGAGCAGGAGAACAGCAGCCUCUGCAUCAAUGGAAAGGCCACCAUUGUUUCACUCAAAUUUUAAGGUUCCAAAGCUGAAGAACUCUCCUCCUCUAGUACUGUAAUGUAUAACCAUCAGCUGUAUUAUUUGUUGUAUCUAUACGUCUUAUUGUCUCAUUAUUGCUUACCGGUGCUAAGCUCUGUAAUUUAUGUAUAAUUAACUCACUAAAUAUCCUUUCAGCUAAAGGCGACACUGUCAUUGUAGUGUAUAAGCACGGCAACUAUCUUCAUACUGUCAUUCUAGUGUAUAGGCGCUGUAUGUCAUAAGCCACAUUAUGUACUUUUUUGUUACAAAAUUAUUUGGAAUUUUAUCAACAAUUCCUUCCUCUUCCUUCCA